GGCCAUCAAAAGACUAAUGAUUUCCAAUUUCCCUCUCUCACUUUCCCUCAUUUUCUCCCGCCUCGUCGCAUGACGAGGACCAACAUUCUUCGGAACAAGCCAUUGCAGCACGACCGAGCUCGUUGAAGAUUCUAAGUUGCACUCCUGAAAAUGGUUCGUAAACGAUUCCACGAAGCCAAAACAGGGCUUCAGUACAUCAAAUCGCUCGAUGCCGAGAAGGUGUUGAGCAAAAUAGGAAUGGGCAGAGAAGACCGCUACUUCUGGAAGCAGCUGGGCAAGGGGCUGCUGGCCACGUCCGCACUCAUGGGCGCCGCUUGGCUCUACAACGAAACGUCGCCCCUGGGAUGGUGGACGCUGAAGCCUCGGCCCAAGGAAGAGAGAGAGCUGGCGCACCUGUACGAGCGGCGACAGUUCCCGUACCCGGGCGACAAAGAAGCCAUGGAAGAGUUCGUUGCCAAGGGGGGCAUGAUCGGCACGACCAUCGGGCCCAAGGGGGUUGUCGAAACCGAUAAGGAUGCUUACAACUACCAGAAGGAGUUGCAGGACAAGAAGCUGGAGCAGGAAGCUCAGAAGCUGUGGCUUAGGAUGAGGAAUGAGGUCAUUGCGGAACUUCAAGAGAAAGGAUAUGAUAUUGAGUGAACUCGGGAGUGGUAGACAUAGACAACAUGUCAUGAAGUAGAAACGCUACAUGAGCAAAAUUGGGGGUGUUGAAUUUGCUGACCAAGUUUGAGUACAAUGUGGUUGGCCUCUUAUCUAGCUUUUUCGCGUUUUAGCUUUGUUUGAAACCUCUACUCUCAAUAAAAUUUCGACGGUGUCAUCUGGUC